AUGGACCAACAACCCCCUCCUUCCCGCGAAUACGCUUCGAGACUCUUCUUCAUAAUCCUCCUCUUCGUCUUUAUGAAUGGAAAUGGAAAUCAGCCCGGCGGACCAGGUUUUCCAACAGUACGCGACUACGCUGCCGACCGAGUCGCGAAGUCCAGACAUUCCCUCGGUAUUCUCAAUGCGACGCGGUGGCAGGAUUUUGCCCCACGCGAUCAGAAGACACCGGGCUACGACCCCGGCAGAUAUCUAAAUAUCACGGGCUUCAGAAAGGAGGAUGGGUAUAAAUGGGAAUACUUGGAUCCUUUCAGAGAAAGAUGCGAGGUGUUUAGUGAGGAGGCGAGGAAGAGGUUAGGGACAGGAGAGGACAAGAACCGGGGAUUGGGAUUGAUAGGGGAGGUCUAUGAGAAUGUCACGGGCAUUGUGGUGGGGAGUUGGACGAGAUUCCAUAAUAUAGAGCCAGGGAAUGCCACGGAGACAUCCGGGUUGAAUUUGACGGAAAUUAGUCCGGAUACUGAUUGGUCUUUUAGAGACGAGAAGUUCUGGACGAGGAAUAUCACAGGGCAGGAAGGGAAGAUGGUGUUGAAGGUUGACGAGAAAGAUGCUGACGAAAUGGUGCUAUCUGAGAAGGUAAAGGCUGAUCGCGUGUUACAAGAAUCCGGAGAAGCGGAUGGAAAGGACGAUAAAUGGAAUACAGAUUUGAUCAGAGACGUUUCCGCAACUCUGACGAUUCAGGACGAAACUAGUAGUGGUGAUGGCUGGGAGAUGAGACUUCAUGGAAUACAUUGGCCGAGGACAGGAGUACUUCUCAUGACCACAACCAGCGACAAAUUCGCGGGUAUUUUUGGUUUGCCACAUCUGACCAUGAAUACGGGAUACUUUGCAUCGAGCCAGAAGUUACUCAAUAUGACUUUAGAGAAGACUGUUGAGCGUAUGGAACAUGCCGUUUGGCUUGAUCCGAGUAACCCAUGGACAUCGAGCCCCGAAAGUCAAGGCGAUGCAAUGUCGCCCGUUCCUCAUUGUGAGUUUGUAGUAUUCGCUCAGGUUUAUCCCGUCAAAAUCGAUCGCACUACUGGGGGAGCAUAUUUACGGGAACAAGAUGUCGUUAAGGCUAUCGAGCAGGAGCUCCGAUAUCCAAAUGGGGCUCCUAUUCCUGCGAUUCCGCAAUUACAAAUGUCUACGGUAAUGUUUUCCCCAGAUUGUGGAUUCAUUCUCGAAUCAAAAGGACCGCCUGGUUUCUCGCCAAAAGAGGGAGAGCAUCUCGUUGGAAAGAAGCAAGAGUCGUGGCUCCAUGAUAUUGAGCAUUGGCUGCUUAUGUUUGCCCUCGUGAUGUUUGGGCAGAUCUUGCUAUUAAAAGUUCAGUCCAAAGAAGCUUCAACCCCCUCGACCAUCGGCAGAGUCAGUUUGUACACUGUGACUAUGAUGUUGCUGGGCGAUGCUUUCUUAUUCUCCAUCUUGAGCUUUUUGACAACCCUGGCUCCCAACCUUUUCCCAUCCUCGCUUCUCUCAGCAUUUUCUGCUCUUUUAUCCGUGGCUUUGAGUCUCAAGUUUGUUGGGGCGGUUUACAAUGUUCAAGAGCCAGAGAGUAGAGAACGUCUCAGACUUCGCCAGGCAGCCGAAGCUGCCAGUCGUCCCCCUCAAUCGACAGUUACACCCCAAGUAGCCGCAGCUCAAGCGAUUGUAGGAGCUCAAGGGCACGAUCCAACUACAGCAACCACUGCGCCAAUAAAUCCAACUAUUACACCUGAUCCCCCUAUCAUUAUACCGUCAGAUCAAGAACUCGAUAUCGAGAUCGCCGACAGAAUGGCUGCCGCCCAAGCAAGACUUGCAAGGCCCCUUCUCCCAACCACCAAUACCCCAGCUGCCCCAAUACAACCUCCAAGCUCUUCUACCUUUACUGCUCUCUAUAUAAGAUCCGUAAUCGGACUCACAUUCCUCCUCUUCCUCUCGGCUUCAGCGUCCUCGUGGUCCACACCAUUUCGCAGCGCCUAUGUCCACAUAAUUUCAAUCUUCUACCUGUCUUUUUGGCUUCCCCAAAUCCGGCGUAACAUUGUACGCAAUUGUCGUAAAGCCCUCCUCUGGAAAUUCGUUGUCGGCCAGUCAGUUCUCCGUCUCCUUCCAUUCGCAUACUUCUACGUGAAAGAAGACAACGUUCUUUUCUCUGAAACGGAUUGGAAAGCGUUUUGGGUAUAUGCCGGCUGGGUAUGGAUCCAGAUCUGGAUACUCAUCUCCCAAGAGAUUCUUGGCCCUCGAUGGUGUGUACCAAAAGGUUGGACCGAGGAGGGAUGGGAUUAUCACCCUAUUUUACUGGAGGAUAAUGCUGAAGCUGGAGGCCUUCCAAUUGGUCUUGUUCAGAUACCAGCUGGCUCACCAACUUUGUCGCGGAGUGAUACCUGGAGUUCAGAGGAUAGGAAAAGGAAAGAUGGGACUUUUAGGAGUGUGGAUUGCGCGAUUUGUAUGCAGGUUCUUGAGGUGCCGGUUGUAGCUGCUGGAGAGGAUGCAGGUUCGGCGAAUAGCGUGACGGGGUUGUUGAACAGGAGGCUUUAUAUGGUGACGCCUUGUCGACAUGUUUUCCACAGUCAGUGUUUGGAGGGGUGGAUGAGGUUUAGGUUGCAGUGUCCCAUCUGUAGGGAGAAUCUGCCGGCAUUGUAG